AUGGGAGACUAUACGGAACAUGGGAACGGCGAGCUGUCUGGCAAUGCUUCCCAAAACGAGGAAGACUUUCAUUUGAAGCUUAGGGUUUGCGGCAAAGAAUGUCUCUGCAGAGUCAAUGCAGACAACAUAAAGCAUGAGCAAGUCGGAUCAGAAGACGUGGGAAACGUGCUGGCUGGAAGUAUAAGCCACGUAGCUACUUCGACAUCCAAACAGCCGAUUGUCAGCGUCGUGGAGCUGGGAGAGAUACUUGCCGAGAGCACCAAUCGCGACAGGCCAGUCCCACAAAGCCUUAACUCACUGAGGCCGCCGCAGGAUGAGGAUGCAGAAGCAGUCGCAGCUGAAACUCGGGCAGCGAUACUGGCGUUGGGACCAGAUAUUGGUAGCCAACUUUACGAGGAAUCAUGGCUGCGGCUUGGCCUGAUGGUCCCUCCACGUGGCGUAUUCCAGAACUGCUUUCACCAAAGUCGAAUUUGA